ACGUGUUGCCUGUUGACACAGCAGAGCUUGAUAACAAGGAUCUUUAUAAGUCGGAUGGGCGAAGAGGUCGCUCUGCAGACGCCUGAUCCUGAGAAAAAAACAAGCAUGAUUCUUAAAGUUCUAAUCUUUUUCCUGUCAUUCUUGACAACAGCAGCGUUCCCAGUUCAUUUUGAAAGUAGGGAGGCGACGUGGAAGGAUCCAAAUGCCAACCAGGCGCACGACAAAACAGAGCUCACCAAGGACCUGGAGAAGAUCUACAAGAGCCACAUAGAAAGCAGUGACCUUUACAGCCAAGAAGAUGCAGACAACAGAAACCCCAUGGCAGAGGAGAUGCAGCGCAAGCUCAACAUGGAGUCCGAGCGUCUGCGCAGCCGGCUGCGCCACGAGCUCGCCGAGCUCCGGGAGCGGCUGGCCCCCUCCCCGGCCCGCCUCCGCCCCGCCGUGGCCGGCCUGAGGGAGCGCCUGGCUCCCCUCACCCAGCAGCUCCAGAGCUCCCUCAGCAGCGGCACCCAGGAUCUGUGUGGCCAGCUGAGGCUUUACCUGCAGGGCCUGGAGCUGGCCGAGGCUCAGGCGGAGGCCGGUCCUGAGCUCUACCAGGAGGCCUUCCUGUGGAUGAGCCAAAGUCUGGAUCACAGCAGCUCCAAGGUGGCCGACAUCAUCAGUGACUUCCAGAGAAAAUUUAAUGUGGUGAUGGAGGAAGAUCUGAGGGAGAUCAAUGCCAGUGAGAAAGAGGGAGCCGAUUCAGGUUUCCUGCAGAGAGCGAAGUUCCAGGUGGAACAGGAAUCGAGCGAGCUGAGAACAGCGGCGCAGAACGGGAUGGGAGCCCUCAGAGCAGAGCUCGCCGCCCUUCUGGCGUCAACGCAGCCCGUCCGGGCUGAAGUGGCGGCCAGCGUGGAGCGGUUCUGCCAGAACGCGGCCCUGCAGAGCCAAGCGCUGCACAGCCGCAUGGAGAGGCUGCUCCAGGGGCGGCAGGCGGAGCCGGAGGAGCCGGAGGAGCCGGAGGAGCCCAGCGCCUCGUCCCCGGCCGCGAGGCCCGUCGGCUCCUUGCGAGGCGACUUCUCCGUUAAACUCUCCGCCCUCAUCCAGGACAUUCUGCACUCGGUGCAGUGACGGAGCUCCGUUUUAGUGAUUUAUGGGAGCCACAAGCUUGUAAAUAUACCUGUACAUACGCUCGCUUAAAGUAUUUGUUUCGUUCCGUG